AUGGCAGAAAAGAUGCUUCUCGUGUUCGAUGAAGGAUUUAACAGAAAGCCAGCCAUCAAUGACCACGAGUUCCUGGAACAACAAGAGAGUCAUCUUCUUACACUUUGUCAGAGAACUAUGUCUCUGCCAAUAGGAAGUUGUGGCUCUAUGAACCUCUCCAUUGCUAGUCUGUUUUCCAUUUUCUUUCCUCCUCUCCUUCCUCCUGGAGCAGCUGAUCUUGAGAUUUCCAUUCUCAUGCAGACUGCAGCCAUGAUGGGUCCUGGGACUGCUAUACAUGGGGUCCUGUCAUCGUUAUAUGGUAGAGACUAUGUUGAAAGAAAUAGUGGGUUGAUUCUUUGGGAUAGUGUUCAGCCAACUCAAGACUGGAUUAAUAGUUGUAUUCCUCAGGUCAUGAGUGGGAGUGGUGAUCUAGACAUACUGAGGUUAGUUCGUCGUCAUCAUACAAGAGUAGGACAAGCUGAAGUGAACUAUGGUUGUCACAUGGCUACCCACAUGCUUUGGGACUUCUUUUCUGGAGGAGGAAGAAUGAUGGUUUUGACAAGUAAUCAGGGUGUUACUCCUUGUCUGUUACCAGACUGGGAUAAACUGACUGAGCUACAAUUGAACAUGCCCAAUAUGUUAGAAAACUGUGCCUAUUGUACCUUCUAUGAUACAUACAUUCUCUCACACAUUUCUCUUUCAAUAGCCCACUGUUUUAGUUUUCGAAAGUUAUGGGCCUUUACAGGUUCCUGGUCUGGUUUUUUAAUGAGUAUUGCCUAUCUUGAUCCUGGUAAUAUAGAGAGUGAUCUACAAGCUGGUUGCAGUAGCUCAAUACGUUUACUCUGGGUAUUAUUAUGGUCUACAGUAGCUGGUUUAAUGAUGCAAUUGUUAGCUGCUAGAUUGGGUGUAGUGACAGGAAAACAUUUAGCUGAAAUCUGUAAAGAUGAGUAUCCAUUUAUUCCACGUAUUGUACUGUGGAUAUCAAUGGAACUAGCUAUCAUUGGAAGUGAUAUACAAGAGGUUAUUGGAUCAGCUAUUGCUAUCAACAUUAUAUCUCAAGGAAUGUUUCCACUAUGGGAGGGUUGUCUUGUUACUGGUAUUGAUAUUACCUUUCUAUUCUUAGAAAGUUAUGGAUUGCGAUAUUUAGAAGGAUUCUUUGGACUACUUAUCACAAUUAUGUGGGGAUGGUUUGGAUGGAUGUAUGUCUAUUCCAAACCCAAUCAACUUGAUGUUAUCAAAGGCACCUUUAUUCCAAUGUGUUAUAAUUGUAGUAGUGAUGCCAUUAAUCAAGGACUUGGUGUAGUAGGAGCUGUUAUUAUGCCUCAUAACAUUUAUCUUCAUUCUGGACUUGUUUUAGUAAGAACAUCACUUAUGAGAGAAGGCAUCAAAUACAAUACAAUAGAGUCAAGUGUGGCCUUACUUAUCUCUUUUGUUAUUAAUCUGUUUGUAAUCUGUGUGUUUGGAGCAUGGAUCAAAUAUAUCUGGGCUAUUGGUCUGUUAGCAUCAGGACAGAGUUCCACAAUGACUGGUACAUAUGCAGGACAAUUUGUUAUGGAAGGGUUUCUAGGUCUAAAAUGGGCUAAAUGGAAACGUGUCCUAUUAACUCGAUCUAUUGCUAUGGUACCCUGUGUUAUUAUUGCCAUUAUUGCUAGCAAGAGACUGGACUUUUUAGAUGAGUUCAUUAUAUUGAACAAACUUCCUUUUUCUGUUCUACCAAUCUUGUUUGCUACAAGUUCAAGGAGAAUAAUGAAACAACAUCGUAACAAUAUUAUUCUCACUAUUAUUGCUUGGUUAAUUGCUAUUAUUGUAAUGGGUGUCAAUUGUUUCUUUAUAAUUGAUACUGUGAGAGCAGCAAUGGCCUAA